CUCUUCGUCUUCGUCGUCUUCUUCUUCAAUUCUCACUCUUCACUUUUUCACUCUUCUUCUUCUAUAUAUAUUUCUUCAGAUUACAACUUCAUUGCUGAUACAGUGAAGGGAUUUGAGAGGAAAUAGAUAGUGGGAACGAUGGAGAAGUAUGAAAUGGUGAAGGAUCUUGGAUCUGGCAACUUUGGUGUUGCCAGGUUGAUGAGGGUCAAGGAGACCAAAGAGCUUGUUGCCAUGAAAUUCAUUGAGCGUGGCCACAAGAUAGAUGAAAAUGUGGCCAGAGAGAUUAUAAAUCAUAGAUCGCUUCGGCACCCGAAUAUAAUCAGGUUCAAGGAGGUGGUUCUGACUCCCACUCAUUUGGGUAUUGUGAUGGAGUACGCUGCUGGUGGUGAGCUCUUCGAGCGAAUCUGCAGUGCCGGUAGAUUCAGUGAAGAUGAGGCUAGAUAUUUCUUCCAGCAGCUGAUUUCAGGUGUCAGUUACUGCCAUUCAAUGCAAAUUUGUCAUAGAGAUUUGAAGCUGGAAAAUACGCUUUUGGAUGGAAGCCCUGCACCACGCUUGAAAAUCUGUGAUUUUGGUUACUCUAAGUCAUCUCUGCUGCACUCAAGGCCCAAAUCAACGGUAGGAACGCCAGCAUAUAUAGCACCUGAAGUUCUUUCUAGGCGAGAAUAUGAUGGCAAGUUGGCAGAUGUAUGGUCUUGUGGAGUGACUCUCUAUGUUAUGCUGGUGGGAGCAUACCCUUUUGAAGACCCGGAUGACCCCAAAAACUUUAGAAAAACGAUUGGGCGAAUCAUGGCUGUUCAAUACAAAAUUCCAGAAUAUGUUCACAUAUCUCAAGAUUGCAAACAGCUUCUUUCCCGCAUCUUUGUUGCAAAUUCCUCCAGGAGAAUUACAAUUAAAGAAAUCAAGAACCACCCCUGGUUCUUAAAAAACUUGCCAAGGGAGCUAACAGAGUCUACUCAAGCCAACUAUCACCAAAGAGACAACCUGAGCUUCUCUCUUCAAAGUGUUGAGGAGAUAAUGAAAAUUGUGGGGGAGGCGAGAAUUCGCUGUCCAUCAUCUAGGUCCAUUGGGGGCUUUGGGUGGGGAGCAGAAGAAGGUAAAGGUGGUGAGGACGAUCUAGACGUAGAGGAGGAAGAAAUAGAAGAAGAAGACGAGUACGACAAGAGGGUUAGGGAAGUCCAUGCAAGCGGAGAAUUUCACGUUAGUUAAGCAGUGUAUUCCACCUCUAAUAAGGUAUUAGAUGAACAAAAUUUUCAUUUUUGUGAUGUUAGAAUCAUCAUAUUUGUGUGUACAAAUGGUAAUUAUGUACUCCUUGAAACUCAUCAGAUUAUAGCGAAUUCUAAUAUCUGAACUAAAAUACCGUUGUAUGUUCUUCUAACUUAUUCAGCUGGUGGACAUGUAAUCUAUUUAUUCCUCUUUGGAUCAAAUGUAUGAGAAGAUGGUUGUCUUGUUACUGGCA